CAGGGCGGAAAUUCAAGGAAGCAAUGGAAAUGUUAACUCUCUAACCUUGAUUCCAUAACUGCGCUCUUGUCCUUUGUCUUUGCUAUCGCUUUCCAUUGUUCUUGCUCCAAUACGCUUCCGCUGAAAUGUUAUCUUAGAUUGGAUAGUCUAUGCAUAUCUCUUUUGCGUGAUCGUAAUCGUGCAUCUUCUAGAAGAUUAACAUGUACGGAGAAAUAAUUAUAUAAUAUUUUCCUAAGCAAAAUGCAAAUUGGUUUCCACAGCCUCAGUGUUUGUGGUCUUUCUUGGCAGGCUCGUGGAAAUACUUUUCAAUAUUUCAAUGGUGAUAUCUAUGAUUUGACCAUUUUUGACUUUCUUCAGCGAAGAUAACGUUAAUCAACUCAGGCAAUAACCGAGUAGGGCCCAAAAGACACAAACUUUUAAGAAGGAGGGAAGAGCACGAAGAGAAGCACAACAAUGACGGAGAAGCAAAGGGUCUGUGUUACCGGAGCUGGAGGAUACAUUGGUUCGUGGCUCAUCAAGUAUCUUCUCUCCCGAGGCUACAUCGUCCACGGAACUGUUCGAGAUCCUGGUGAUGAAAAGAAUGCCCAUCUGAAGAAAUUGGAAAAUGCUGCUGAGAAUCUGAUACUCUUCAAAACAGAUUUGUUUGAUCUUGAAGGACUUUGUUCGGCAAUUGCUGGUUGCACUGGCGUUUUCCAUGUUGCUUCUUUCGUGCCUGCUUUCCAUGAUACUGUUGCUGAGGAAGAGGUCACUGAACCGGCGAUCACUGGUACCAAAAAUGUUAUGAAAGCAUGCGCAGCGGCUAAGGUAAAGAGAGUCGUGGUCGUAUCGUCCAUCGCCGCUGUUGUGUGCAAUCCGAAAUGGCAUAAGGAUCACCCCAUGGACGAGGAAUGUUGGUCCGACCCCGAAUUCAUCCGCACGCUUGAGGGAGAUUUUCGCUAUUACUUGCUCGCCAAAACGCUGGCAGAACGGGAAGCUUUAGAGUACAAUAACAAGGGAAAUGAGUUUGAAGUCGUUACGGUUUGUCCGUCCAUCACUAUCGGCCCUCGGCUUCAAUCCACCAUCAACGCUAGCAGCUCCCUCCUUCUCAAUCUUCUUAAAGGCAGUGCGGAAUCCGUGGAGGAUGCAACCUAUCAUCUCGUGGAUGUACGUGAUGUCGCCGAAGCACUCGUUUUGGUGUACAAAAACCCGGAAGCCAAAGGGAGAUACAUUUGCAAUUCUUACACGCUCAAGAUUAGCGCCUUGGUGGAGAAGAUGAAGAGCAUGUAUCCUCGCCCCAACUACCCGAAAAGAUUCACAGAGGCGGAGGAGGCGCCGCAGAAGGGAGAUAGGAUGCUGAGUUCAGAGAAGCUGAAGAGGUUGGGAUGGAAUUACAAAACGUUGGAAGAAACCAUCGUUGAUUCUGUCAUCUGCUUUGAAAAAACUGGCGAUUUGCCAAAACCUGAAGCUGCUGCCUCUUGAAACACAAACAGUUCCUCUUAUGUUUCGCCUUACUCUUCAUGGCGUUAGUAAGUCUUGUCCUCUUGUGGUU